CGCUAUAUAAGCACCGUACGGUUCCCAAUGUCCACAGACUCCCUAACCCAAAUGUCAUCGCUCACCCCAGUACUUAGUACUCCCCUUCGCCUGGACUUUGGAGCGACGCUAGGAGCGGUGUAUAUCGGUACUACUAUUGCUGCAAUCUUCUAUGGAAUAACCAUUCUGCAGAUCGCCAUCUAUUACAAAAUCAAUCCUAACGAUCCGUGCAUCUUUCGAUAUACUGUCGCCAUACUAUGGAUAUUCGACACGCUUCAUGUUGCCUUGAGCACCCACGCACUCUAUUUCUACCUUAUCGAAUCAUUCGGAAACUAUCUCACCAUAUUCGGCAGAAUUGUUUGGAGCUUUCCACUGCAGCUCUUACUCAAUAUGAUGAUUAUCCCUGGUGUCCAAGCAUUAUAUGCCGUUAGAAUAUGGAAACUCGGCCGUCAUUUUCAUGUGGUCUUGCCACACUUCAUUUUCGUUGCUGUCGCAGCUACAUUUGGCGCAGGAAUCUGGAUCAUGUACGAUACAUACAAACUGAAAAGCUUUCUGGAUAUUGCGACUAUUAGGGUAUCCAUCUAUAUGAAUUUCUCCACCAUCUCUGCUGCAGAUUUCAUCAUCGCUGGUGCGAUGUGCUUUUACCUGCAAAAGGGCAGAUCGAUGACCAGCUUCUCCAGUACUGCCAAACUGAUUCUGAGACUGAUGCGGCUCGUAGUGAUAUCUGGGGUAGCGACGAGUUUAUGCUCCCUUUUCACUCUCAUUGCAUACGUAGCCUGGCCGAACACUCUCGUUUUCGUAGCCAUCAACUUCAUUUUACCAAGGCUCUACAUAAACUCUCUACUAGCCAUGCUCAAUUCGCGCAAGAGCUCGAUGUGGUCUGUCGCGAAAGAGCGCUCUGUUGACCACGAAGUAAACAACUCUGCUCUGCCUGUCGCCGUGAGCGGGUCAGCCGAUUCAGGACAGACGGAUAUCACUAUACCCAGUCUGUUUGUGACCGAAGUGGAGACGAAAAUCACUGUACCUCUUUCCGUAACGGAGGAAAGCCGUUCAGGUGGCGAAGAUGAUAUGUCCUUUGUUAGGAUAAUUCCUAGCGGGGUGGAAACACGAGAGAUCACGUCACGAAUACGGUAUUGACUUGGUACGUAGUACACAGUCAAUCGAGUAAAGAAAGAAGAAAGAGAAAAGCGUAGCUACGAGAUUUUACUGGCACGAACACAUGACUGCUGAACGUUGAACAAUCAGAUGCACGAGCUACGAGUUCGAUAUGCAACGGC